UGGUUCCGCCCGGAGCGUCCCGCGCCUGCGCCGGGCCAGGGCCGCGGACCGGCUUGUGCUUUUUCACACAGCCUCGGCUUUCUGAGGAGUUGCGGCCGCUCGCGACCCCCAGCGUUCGGGAGGUGCUGGGCGCCGCCGGCAAAAGGAUGCCACGAAGAAAGAAAAAAAUUAAAGAAGCCUCUGAAUGUCAGAACUUGGAGAAGGAUGCAGAAACUACCAGUUCUGUCAGUAUGAAGAGGAAGCGUAGACCUGAGGAUUUAUUCAUUGUGAUAUCUGAUAGUGAUGGAGAGGAACAGAAAGAGGAGACUGGAUUGCAGAAAAUGAAGACAAAACAGUCAAACAGAGCAAAAUUUUUGGCUAAAAGAAAAAUUGCACAGAUGACAGAAGAAGAGCAGUUUGCUUUGGCUCUCAAAAUGAGUGAGCAGGAAGCUAAGGAGGUGAAUAGCCAGGAGGAGAAAGAAGAGGAGCUCUUGAGGAAAGCCAUUGCUGAAAGCCUGAAUAGUUGCUGGCCUUCUGAUGCUUCUGCCACCAGAUCUCAACCUUUGGCUACUGGACCAUCUUCACAUUCCCAUCAAGAUAACACCAAAGAUUCUGGGACCACUGAAGGCAUAUGGCAGCUGGUACCUCCAUCACUGUUUAAAGGCUCACAUGUCAGUCAGGGAAACGAGGCUGAGGAAAGAAAGGAGCCCUGGGACCACACUGAAAACACUGAAGAGGAGCCGGUCUCUGGCAACUCAGGAAGCUGGGACCAGUCAAGCCAGCCAGUGUUUGAGAAUGAGAACGUUAAAUGUUUUGACAGAUGUACUGGUCACUUGGCUGAGCACACACAGUGUGGGAAGCCACAGGAAAGUACUGGGAGGGGUUAUGCUUGUCUCAAAGCUGCUCAGGGUAAGGGGGACACAUCUAGGCAGUGCCUGCCUACUCCAUCAGACACCAAAAGUCCCCAGGACAGUGGGGGCACUGUGCACUAUUACUGGGGUAUUCCAUUUUGCCCUGCUGGAAUAGAUCCUAACCAAUAUACCAAUGUCAUUCUCUGCCAGUUGGAAGUUUAUCAGAAGAGCUUGAAAAUGGCUCAGAGGCAGCUUUUUAAAAAAAGGUGGUUUGGGGAACCAGUGUUACCUAGACCUCCUUCUCUGAUUCAGAAUGAAUGUGGCCAAGAAGAUCAGACUAGUGAAAAAAAUGAAGGAAUCUCAGAAGAAAUGGAAGAUGAAGACAACAAGGAAAGACAGGAAUCUAGGGCACUGGUCUGGCACUCAAAAACCAAAGAUUUGCAAGAGAGCCCAGUUAAAAGCUUGAAACAGAAACUUUUGUUGGAGGAAGAACCAACAACCAGUCAUGCUCAGUCUUACCAAGGGCUAUUUGUUGAAGAAACUUCUGAAGCUGUUCUGAAGACUUCUGAAGAAGGAAACUCUGUACCUGUCUCACAGAGCAGUGCAGCUUUGACCAGUAAGAGAAGUUUAGUCCUUAUGCCAGAGAGUUCUGCAGAAGAAAUCACUGUUUGUCCUGUGUCAGAGGCUGGGGAGUCCAAGAUGAAGGCAUGGUCAGAUACAGUGUCUGAGAUACAGCUAAGUUCCCCUGAAACUCUUGAUCCGGAAAGAGAAGAGCCUGUAGGUAGCAGAGAGACCCCAGCUGAAGUGAGAAUGCUAAUGAAGGGUGAUAGGGAGGUUGGUAAUAAGGAAGACAGUGAGAAAGAAAAUCCUCCCUCUGCCCUCUCCUCUAGCACUCAGGUGUACUGCCCAAUGUGUGACCGAGGCUUCCCAUCCACAAAGAUUGAACAACAUGCCAUGUACUGCAGUGGUCUCAUGGAGCAGGGAACAGUGUUGACUCGGAGGCAGAGAGAGGUCAAGAACAAGAGUGUCAGCAGGACAGCUGCACACACUGCCCAGGACAGCGACAGGAAUGAGAAGUGUUAUAUAUGUAAAUCUCUGGUCCCACUCAGAGAGUAUCAGUGUCAUGUUAACUGCUGUCUCCAGCUUGCAAGGGGUGACAAAGGAGAUGGGACUGAAGGUAGUAAGAGACCAAGAGUGUAUGCAGCUGUGGAAGGGACACGGCAGCGACUGAGGAAGUCAAAGGAAAAAGGCCACAAUCAAGGCCGACUCCUUAGUCUCUUGGAAGAAUCUGAGCACAAGACCACAGGUGUAGAGAUAAAGACCAAGUCUUCAGAAGCAAGAACAUUCACGAUGCUCUCAUCGGGUGUAGAAGAGGCUGGCUGCAGCACAGAGAUGCAGAGUUCCCUCUCCCAGCUCCACUUAAAUGAAUCUCCCAUCAAGUCUUUUGUUCCCAUUUCAGAAGCCUCAAAUUGCUUAGUAGACUUCAAAAAGCAAUUUACUGUGAGGCCACGGACCAAAUCAGGCAGAGGAAGAAGGAGAAAAUCUUGACUUUCUGGGGACUGGAGGUUGACCAGCACCGUUAAUGAUGGGGGUGGCCAUGUUCAUUAAGCCAUAGUGGCCUCUAUAGUUCAUUACUGAGCAAGUUUUGACCCUGCUGUUUUCACUACUAGCACCUACUUAGCAUCCUGUUUUUACGUUUUGUAUGGUCUAUACAGACACCUGUGAAUAGCAUUGUUUUUCAAUAGUCUCUUUGAAUUUGCUUAUAGUUAAAAGAAAAUUUAUAUUUAUCUAUGUUUGUAUGAAAUCUCAUUUCAAUAGAUGGUGACUUUCCUUUUUACCUUUGUGUUGUGAACUUUGGGGUGGAAAUAUUUUAAUUGAAGAGGUAGUUCUCACACUCAUAAAGUACUGUUUCUAAAUGAAUUUCAUUGUUAGUUUUUGACAUACCACCUAUAUUCACAUACAUAGUUCUGCACAAUUCUGAACACUGACUGUCCCCGGCAUCAUUUUGAAUGUGUCGAGAAUUGACUCUUACUACUUACUUUGUUAUCCCUUUCAUUCACUGACCUAUAACUUUUCAUCUUGCUGUUACUCACCCAGUUAAGAAUUCUCAGCUAGGACCUAGGACCUUUGAAAAAUGUGACCUACCAUUCUUCCCAGGAAUUUCUAAAUGAGCACUGUUUUAUAAGUUCCUGUGUAAUUAUUUUUUCAAAGAAGAUUAACCAGUGGGGUGCCAGACAGUCACCUGUUUAAAUCAAAAUUGGUUCUUUUGCUGCCAAAGGUCAUAUAUGGCAACAGCAACUUCUGUUUCUGUAACAUUACUAGAGUACACAUUCUCUUGAGCAUUGCCUGAGCCCUUCCAGUAUAGAGCAUGGAUGUGGUCUAUCCUGAGUGCACAGGCAGACUCCAAAGAUUAGAGCUCAGAUGGCAGGCAUAACUACUUGAGGGAGAAAACCAAA